AUGUCUGCAGUGAACCGCCAAGUCAGCAAAUCCCGUAAGAUCGUCCAAGACGGUGUUUUCCAAGCUGAAUUGAGUGAAUUCUUCACCCGUGAACUCAGUGAGGAAGGAUUCUCCGGAUGUGAAGUACGUGUUACCCACGCUCGUACUGAGAUUAUCAUCCGUGCCACCCACACACAAGAAGUUCUCGGUGAAAAGGGUCGCAGAAUCCGUGAAUUGACUGCACUCGUCCAAAAGAGAUUCAAAUUCCCUGAGAACUCUUUGGAAUUAUACGCUGAGAAGGUGCAAAACAGAGGUCUCUCAGCUGUCGCUCAAUGUGAAUCUUUGAGAUACAAGCUCCUUGGUGGUCUCGCUGUUCGUCGUGCCUGUUACGGUGUUGUUAGAUUCAUCAUGGAAUCUGGUGCUAAGGGUUGCGAAGUCGUCGUCUCCGGUAAGCUUAGAGCUGCUAGAGCCAAAGCUAUGAAGUUCACGGAUGGUUUCAUGAUCCACUCUGGUCAACCUGUUAGAGACUUUGUCGAUUACGCUGUUAGACACGUUCUCCUCAAGCAAGGUGUUUUGGGUCUCAAGGUUAAGAUCAUGAGACCACACGACCCAGAAGGCAGAGCUGGUUUCCCUAAGCCAUUGCCUGACUCUGUCGUCAUCGUCGAGCCAAAGGAGGAGCAACCAGUACAAGUUGUUUCUGAGAACAAGGCUAAGCCAAACGUUGAGUCAGCUUCUGCACCUGCUCAACAACAACAAGCUCAACAAGCUUAA